GAAAAGACAACAGGGUCAAGCGGAAGCGCUCACCUGCCAAGGCUCGCCCGUUGUCUGGCCUGUUAGACGGUGUGUCUGGCCGGGUCUAAGUCGAGCGGCUUCGAGUGAUUCCCCGCCAGUACAAAUAGGUUGCGAAUAUUUCUGGGCCUUUGCAAUUUUACCUGACACUGAUCCGGAACUCAGAUAAGUUUUCAAGUUACCCUUCUACAAGCUUAUCGUUAUCCAUGCUGUGUUGCUGCGCCCUCACAGUUUUCUCUCUUAUUAACGGUUCUUUCCUCACUGCUAUGACAACCUGUGCUUCAUUUCACGUCUUCGCAAGGAGAAUUUUUGGUGCUAUGACUGAUUCAUCGUACAUCAUGAUAGCAUCACCAACGCUAUGGUCAUUAUCUUGCACCUUUGAUUCAAUACGUUCCACUCACUUUUUGACUUCUCGCACACAUGCGAGUCACUCUGGAUCCGGUAAUUAGCGCUUAGCUACUAAGCGAUACCACCGUGCCCCAUGUCAACGUCCCAGUAUUGUUUGCUAACAACUAGUACUGAGCUUUUCGCUAGUGCACGUGUAAAAGGUGUGUAGCCCAAGCUUGCCUUUCUUCGGGUUGUCCUCAUUUAUUAACAAGUGGUCGUACCUCACAAUCUCAUACUCGUCUGCUUGCGAAGAGUUGGCACUCCGAUAGGCAUGGUCCCGAGCUGACUAUAUAAGGAAUACAAAAACUCGGCAUCAAAUGGAGUGAACGUUACGACUUUCAUAUCCACGUUGCAAAUUGAAGAUUUUGCACAAGUACUAGCAUCCUUAUG